CACAACAACCUGACCAGCCUGGAGGCAGGCUCCUUCGACACCCUGUGGUCUAUGAAGAUCUUGCUCCUGGCCCACAACUCCGUCGGCCAGCUCUGGCCCAAGGCCUUCACAUGCCUGGGCUUCCUGGAGAAGAUAGACCUCAGCCACAACCUCCUGGCCCAGCUGCCUCCUGACUUCUCCGAUGAACUGGCCUCCCUGAAGGAGCUCAAGGCAGCCUACAACCGGCUGUUGGCCGUGGGCUAUGAGAGCCUGCAGCACCUGGAGAGCCUGGAGAAGCUGGACCUGAGCUACAAUCAAGUGGCUUCCAUUGAGAAGGGGGCUUUUCGGGGCCUGCCUAGGCUCCGCUACCUUUACCUCCAGUCCAACCGUCUGGGGAUUGUCCACAACGGCUUCUUCUCUAUGCUCCAGAACCUGGAAGUCCUCUUCCUUGGCACCAACAACAUCAGUGCCAUCGAGCUGGAGGCCUUCACCUCCCUGCACAACGUGAAUCUCCUGGUCUUAACCGGCAACCAGCUCAUCCACCUCAAAUUCAAGACCUUCCUGAACAUCCAGACGCCGAGCACCCACCUCCAGCUCGCUGGCAACCCCUGGGCCUGUGACUGUGACCUCCAGCGGGUCUUUAGCAAGAUCCUGAGCGUCCGCCACCUCCAUGUGGAAGACUACGCCAAUAUCACCUGUGCCAGCCCCUGGCAGCUAGCCGGCUUGCCUCUGGUUUCUGUGGACACCCAGCUGUGCGUGGCUGAGACAGCCACUGUCCUAGUGAUCACGGUCACCGUCCUGGUGACGGUCAUCGCCGCCAUCGUCAUGGCGGAGAGGAACAGGAAGAAGAGCCAGGAGAAGAACUGGAACGAGUCGGACGGCCCCUUCGACCCGCAGGAGAAGUGAGAUGAGGGGUGGGAAAGCUGGCGCCUGGUGCGUGAGAAGCCUCUGCUUUCGAGCUCUCCUGGAUCCGCGCUGACUGGCCCUAUUCCAAGCUCCUCGGGACUCAAGCCCGGAUGCCUGGUGUGGGGACGCUUUAUCCAGAGCCGCCCUGGCUGGAGACGUGACUGCUGCACUGACCCCAGCGGGCUCCCGCUCGGUCCCAUCAGAGUUGGGCCAGGUCCCUUCCUUUCACCUGCUCAUUGCCACCAGCUUCUGAGAGCCAACGGCUGCCCUGCUACGCCCCUGCACUCACCUCCCCGGCCUUCAACUGU